AUGACGGAAGCCUUCUCGAACCGCGUCCAGCGUGAUCUGGGCCUCUUCGACUUCUUCCGCAGCCGCACCAUGUCCUUAGGCCAUCGUGAGUCUCGCUCCGCUUCGCAAUCGUCCGCCAGAGCGUCGUCCAGCCGUUCCAAGGCCUGCACGCGUUCGCUUGCGCCUUCUGCGUCGAUGCCGCCGCCUGCACCCGCCUCUGCGCCUUCUUCGGUUGCUGCACACGUAGAUUCCGCUAAUCUCCCGCUGCCUCUGCCGGAGUCGAUGGACUCGGUGACUACAACUGCGUCGGCCGAGUCUUUCAACAAUAACGACCACCUGAGUGACGAUGACGACGACGACGGUAGCGACUCAGACGACGGCAUCAGCUCCGCCCCUAGUGGUGAAAGUAGCAACAGUAAUGUGGGAAGUGCCAUUACCAAGUACGAGGUGGUUCGUGAACUAGGAAGAGGAGCCACCGCCGUCGUGCAGCUUGGCCGGCUGCGUGGAGAAGACGAUCUGGUGGCGCUCAAGGUGUUCACGACGUCACUACUCAAGAAAAUGCGCGAAGUAAAGCGCGUGGGGCGACGUAUGGUUGUAUCCACGGCGUUGGACAAGGUGCAGGUGGAAAUCGCCAUCAUGAAGAAACUGCACCACCCGAAUCUGUUAAAUCUUCUCGAGGUGUUUGACGACGAUUCCGAGACUCUUGUGCUUAUGCUCGAAUACGCACCGUCGGGUCAGGUGAUGCAGUGGUUUCCAGAAGAAAAGCUGUAUAAAAGAUCAAAAGGCAAGAACGAGAGAAACUGCUUCACUGAAGAGGAGCUGCGCGCUUGUGUGCGUCAGCUCCUGCUCGGCCUCGAGUAUCUACACGAAAACAACAUUUGCCAUCGCGACUUGAAGCCUGAGAAUAUUCUAGUGGGUCAGGAUGGCACCUUCAAGAUAGCUGACUUCGGCGUAGCGCACUUUUUCGAGGAGGACGACAAGAAAGCCAAGGCUAAGGCUGCAGGAGAGGUCACCUCUACAGUAGCGAAGCCUCAUAAGAAGGGCUACGUCUCGACAACAGCUGGGACAUAUGCGUUCAUGGGGCCGGAGACGCUGAAGGGUGGUGAAUACAGUGCAUAUGCGGCAGACAUCUGGGCUAUGGGCAUUAGCAUCCACGCUCUGGCCUUCGGUACGAUCCCGUUCUACGAUCCAGAUGUUGUGACUCUCUUCGAGAUGAUAGAGAAGAAUCCUAUUGAGCUUGAGAACAAUGCAUCGGAGGGCCUAAGCGAACUUCUGUUUGGUCUGCUAGAGAAGGACCCGGAGAAGCGCUGGUCAUUGCAGCAGUGUAAAGAGCAUUCGUGGGUGGUAGAGGGUCUAUCAGAUCAGGAGAAGCAGGAGUAUGUGGAAACGAGCUACGAGGCUGUGAAGGUUGGGCCGGAGGAUCUGGCUUGUGCUGUAACUCGCGUGACUUCGCUGAAUGUUAUUCUGCGCGUAAAACUGGGUGUCAACAAGUGGAAACGCAAAGCAAUGCGGACGUUGGAGGAGCGACGGAAAUCGCUGCACGACGGUGGCAGCAGCUUCGGUGAGUCGCCUUCCUCACAGUUUUCAACCGUCAGCGCAGCUGAGUCGAUUGAAUCGGAGACCAAGCAACCUACAGCAAGCACAGAAGUUACAAACAACCAGCUCGAGAUUUAG